GCGUGGUUCACAGGUGUAGGUUGUCUCUUUUUGCAGUGGCGGACAGCUUGUGAUAGGGAAGAAAAAGAGCGCUAUACAGAAAGUCCUGCAACAACUUGUACAUUCCGUGUAUUUAUUUGUGGCCGCAGCCCACUUAGGAACGUCAUCUUUACCGGAAGGGAAUCCGCGUGACGAUUGGAUCUUAUUGUAAGCGCGCGCGCACAAAGAAAGUCCCUGAUUGGACUCCCAUUUGGACUAUUACAGUGACUGUUGCCUCUUUUCUUCUAUCGUCCUGUCCAGUUUCCUAGCUUCCGCUAUUGCGGGUCUACUUCCGGUUGUAGCUCACUUCUCCGCUUCCGGUAGCGAAUUUCCGCUUCCGGUAUUCAAUUUCCGCUUUGUGUUUCUGUUUCCAUAAUCAGAGGUAAGGAUGAGCGGCCUGGACCCACGGAGGAUGAAAGUGACCGAGCUGCGGGCUGAGCUGCAGCGGAGGGGCCUGGAGAGCCGCGGGCUUAAGGCUGAGCUGUGCGAGCGGUUACAGGAGGCUUUGGACUCGGAACUCUUGGGGGGCGAUGAAGAGAAAGGGGGGAUUAUACAGGACAUGGCUGGGGGCGAUGAGGAGUUGGCUCUGGAUCUAGGGGAGGAGGAGGAUGAAGAGGAGAUGUUACAUGAAGCUCAGGAGGAGGAGGAGGAAGAUUCCAAUCCUAAUGAGAUGGAAGCGGCCCAGAGCAAUGAUACUGGACCUGCAGCGACACACGAGGGAGAGGAGACUGGAUCACCGGCUGAGAAUGAGAACAAAGAAAGUCCUCCUCCUCCUGCUGCUGCUGCUGCAGAACCACACGAAUCUGAUCUGGGCCUGGAAUCCCUCAAUGGAGCAACUUCCAAACCUCAUGCAGGAGACUUGGCUGCAGAGGAAUGUGCAGAGGAAGAACAGUCUAGUACAGCAGCUGAGAGUAUCCAGAUCAAGGAGGAGGAGCCUGAUUCAAAGAGCGCCGAGCCAAAACGUCACGGAAUUAAGAGAAUAAGGGAGGAUGAACAGAAUGGUCGGACGUAUCAUGAAUUCAAAGAGGAAGCGUAUUAUAGCAGAUCCAAGUCUCCCGUUCCUCCUGAAGAGGAAGACAGUGACAUAGAGGACAGUGUUCUGUGUUUGGAUAAAUUGACAUGUGACUUGCAGUUGAAAAUGGAUAAAGACCGUUUCGGAGGGAGACCACUUUUCUUUGAAAAAUUCCCUUCACUGUGGUCGGGUUCACGAGCCACUCAUGGAGUGACUAAUGGAAAAGUGUACUUUGAAGUCAAGUUAACGGACAAUUUACCACAAAAGGAAGGCUGCGCAGAAACUCCAUUGUUACGUGUUGGUUGGUCUGUUGGCCAGUCAUCUCCUCAGCUUGGUGAAGAUGACUUGUCCUUUGCAUACGACAGUAGAGGCCUGAAAGUCACCAGCUCCCAAUUUGAUCCAUAUGGGGAAACAUUUGGUGAAAAUGAUGUGAUUGGCUGCUUUGCUGACUUGGAAGGAGAUUCUGUGGAUCUUUUUUUCUCCAAAAACGGGGAUAGUUUAGGUGAAGCAUUCCAUGUAGAAAAGGAAGUCUUGGGUGACCAGCCAUUGUUUCCGCAUGUACUGUGCAAAGGUUGUGGGUUUCAGGUAAAUUUUGGGCAAAAAGAGGAAGCCUGGCACCCGCCACCCGAUGAAUCGAUUUUCCUGAAGGAUGUAAAGGCUGAAGACCUGGUAAAGUCUCUAGAGUCCACAGAAGACUGUGAGGUGUUUCUAAUGAUCGGUCUCCCUGGAUCCGGAAAGACUACGUGGGCUUUGAAACACAUCCAGGAGAACUCGGAAAAGCAAUAUCUGCUCAUGAGCACUGACAUACUAAUUCCACAGCUAAAGACGGCAGGACCUGACCCAAAUCCGGAAGAUCCUAAAGCUAGAGAUCGUUUAACCAAGCUAGCCACACAGUGUCUAAUCAGACUGAUUCCACUCGCUGCCCGCCGAAAGAGGAACUACAUAAUAGAUCAGUGUACAGUAUAUAACUCUGCUCAACGCAGGAAGAUGAAUUGCUUUAAAGACUUUCAGCGGAAGGCAGUCAUGGUGGUGCCUAAUGAGGAAGAAUGGAAGAAAAGGGUAGAACAGCGGAAAGAGAAGGAAGGGGAAAUCAUUCCUGAGUCAGUUCUCCUUGAGAUGAAAGCCAACUUCAAUAUCCCUAAGAAGACCGAGUACCUGAAUGAAAUCUUCUAUCCAGAGCUGGAUUGUGAUGAGGCAGAGGCUCUUAUAAUUGCAGCCAAAAAAGAAGCCCGUCAGCUGCUGCCCGCGCCUGACAAGAGAGGAAAUCGCAUGCACAAGCGCAAUCGCCCAGAGUGGGGUCGGGGAGGAUACCAUAGCACAGGGAAUUAUCAACAGGGAAACUACGGUAACCGCAUGUUUAUGAAUCAACCAAGACAACAGAUGUACCAUCAGCAGCAGCAGCGAUCCUAUUGGGCACCACAGAGAGGGGGCUACCAGAAUUAUUAUGACCAGUACCCAUCCCAGCAGAACAGAUACUAUGGCCAGUACCAGAACUACAGACCCCAGAAUAGAGGGCACUGGCAGAAUUACGAGGACAGGACACAGCAGUGGAAUUAUCAAGGUUACCGUGGACGUCGGUGAAAGUUUCGUUUUGCAGGAUGGGGGUGAUAUGGGUUGUGUUCUGGUUUUAGUGGGCGUUGGGGUGGAUUGUAUAAUUUUUUUUAACGUAUAAAACAAACAUGGAAGUCGCCUUCUCUGUGGGGAACAAACUGCCGAGCAUGUACAGUUUGGGGCCUCAGCAUUUUAAACGUAUGUUCUGCCCUUAUGUAUUGCCUGUGGGUUACAGUUCUGCUGUAUCUUCAGCGUCCAUCUUGCAGCACUGUCAUGCCCUGCAGAGCAUUAAGGGUUCAGAAUCCGCUAUGAUUUUAUUGUUUUUAUACACAGUAGUGCGUUCCCUCCCCGCUUGCUAUAUCUUUCCUUUUGGAGCCGUAUGCAGCCAU